GAAAGUUGAUUUCAACUCCUGAGAUUUCAGCACAGGAAGAAAAUGUACAGCUGUUAAUUUGUGUCUGGUGUCUCAGGCCUUCUGUUGUGAAGCUCAUCUAAAACCUUACUAUUAUUCUCCUACCUUAAAUAAGCACAGGUUAGUCGAAGCCAAUGCAGAGCUCCAAGAGAAGAUUCUGCUCUCAUCAAGACAAACAAAUCAAGAUCUACUGCGGUGCUGAUCAAAGCAUCAUCUGUUGCUUGUGUACGGUGGAUGAACACAAAAGCCACGAUAUGGUUUCGAAUAAGGCAGAAAUAACUGAAAAACAGGAGGAGCAGAUGAAAUCGCAGCAGAGGAUCCAGGAGAAGCAGAAGAAGGUGCAGGAGCUGAAACAGUCUGUGGACAUUAUUAAGAUGCGUUCACAGGCAGCAGUGGAUGACAGUGAGAGGAUCUUUACUGAGCUGAUCAGCUCCAUGGAGAAAAAGCGCUCAGAGGUGAAGGAGCUGAUCAGAGCUCAGGAGAAAGCUGAAGUGAGUCGAGCUGAACGACUCCUGAAUCAACUGGAGCAGGAGAUUGCUGAUCUUAAGGAGAGAAUCACUGAGCUGGAGCAGCUUUCACACACACAUGAUGACAUCCACUUCCUCAAGAGUUUCCCGUCUCUCUGUGUUUCUCCUGGAUGUGACGACUCACUCAGCUUCACUGUCAAUCAACAUGUCUCAUUUGAUGGAACGGGGAAAUUUCUCUCAGAACUGAAAAAACACGCUGAGCAAAUUUCUGCAGCAAUUCAGAUGAUUUUACCCUCAGAACUGAAGAGCAGAGAAGAUUUUAUGCAGUAUUUCUGUUAUUUGACUCUGGAUCCAAACACAGUACAUCAUCAGCUAAAUGUGUCUGAAAUGAACAGAGUGGUGACAUGCAGUGAGACAAAACAGCGAUACUCUGAUCAUCCAGAGAGAUUUGACUCCUGGACUCAGGUGUUGUGUAAGGAGAGUGUGUGUGGACGCUGUUACUGGGAGGUGGAGUGGAGUGGUAAAGAUGUGUUCAUUUCAGUGUCAUAUAAAGAGAUCAGCAGGAAGGGACGGGGUAAUGAGUGUGGGUUUGGACGCAACAGUCAGUCCUGGAGUCUACAGUGUUCUUCUUCCUCUGUCUCUUUUUGGCACAGUGACAUAAAGACUGUGAUCAAAGAUCCAUCGUCCUCCAGAAUAGGAGUAUAUGUGGAUCACAGUGCAGGAACUCUGUCCUUCUACAGCGUCUCUGACACCAUGAGGCUCCUCCACAGAGUCCACACCACAUUCACUCAGCCUCUAUACACUGGGGUUUAUGUGUGGCAAUAUAACUCAACUGUGAGGUUAUGUGAUCCAAACUGAAUUGUUAGUAACUCUGUUAAUUACAAUUUACAUAAUUUACAAAAAUAUUACAGUAAAAUUACAUCUGAUGUUUAA